UUUUUUGUGAUUACAUGCUAAUACUUUGUGUGUUCGCAAACUUAAAGUGUUUUAUGCAUCAAGGAAACCUUGAUGCGUUACUGUACCGCCACCUACUAGUGUGGUGUUAUUGCUCAAAUAAUUGUUUGAGAAUAUAUUCUGAACCAUAUACACCAUAUGGCCAAAAGUAUGUGGACAGCUGACCAUCACACCCAUAUGUGGGCCUUCUCCAAACAGUUGCCUCAAAGUUGGAAGCACAUAAUUUUCUAGAAUGUCUUUGUAUCCUGUAGCUUUAAGAUUUCCCUUCACUGGAACUAAGGGGCCCAAACCUGUUCCAGCAUGACAAUGCCCCUGUGCACAAAGCGAGGUUCAUGAAGACAUGGUUUGCCAAAGUUGGAUUGGAAGAACUCGAGUGGCUUCCACAGAGCCCUGUCCUCAACCCUCAGCCCUGACCUGAAAGCACACUCUCAAUGACUGUGGUGCUCUGAGAGUUUAAGCUUGUUGGUUCCUCAUGAAAGAGAUUUUCCCCUGGAUAAUGAGGUAGACUUAACAUAGUGUAUAGAAAAGCGCUUAUCUCCCUACAUCAUGAAUAAUUCAAAUGAAGUGAAGGAGCUUUUUCUUUUCUAGUAGGUUGUAAUGAAUGACUUGUAGUGAGUAAGUGGUUCCGGUUAUGAAUAUGCAUCUAUUUAUCCAGAUUUAAUGUCUCCCAUUGGCGGAGCUCUUUGAAGACGCCUAAGUGUUUUCUAUGACGUCAUCACGACCCAAUUGUAGGCUCAAAUUAAUGCGCAAAAUUAUAUUAAAGUGCAUGUUUAGGCACCAAAAAGCCUUCGAUAGGUGGUGCUCAUUAUCUCUGUGAAUGACGUUUUUACCCGCCUUGUGUGACUUCGUCUUUAAUAAACAUAAAUGCAUGAAGACUGAUUUGAGUGCACCUCAUUAUUCUGCAUGGCAAGUGCUAAAGUUCUGGCACCGGUUUGUAUUUUGCCUCUAAUAAUAAUCUGCUAUAUCGAUCGAUAUGAGAGUUGGAUUUGGCUCUGUGGUUCUUGGCGCUGGAUUAAGCGCGAUUCUCAGCUUCAGCUUUCUGGCGCUCGCCAUCGGAACCGAGUACUGGUACAUUAUAGAGGAUAAACGCACGAACCACACAGCCCCAGAGCACGUGCAUUCUGGACUGUGGGGAGUGGGAAACGAUGAACAGCCCUUUACAGGAGAGCCACCAAGGUUUUCAGAAUCAGAAAAGCACAUGCAGAGUAUGCAUAAUGUGAUUGCUGUCCUGCUGCCUCUCAGUCUGGUGCUCUUAGUGUUUGGAGGAAUAUGUGGUAUGGCCAGCUCUCUGGCCCAGAGUAGACUUCUCCUCAUGGGAACUGCAUCCUAUUUUCUUCUUUGCAGCGUUCUCACUCUCUCUGGUGUAAGUCUGUACAUCAGUUAUUCCCAAAAAGCUCUGGAGGAGGCAGAGAUGAGGAUCGGGUUGGAGCAGAUGGCCAUGGUUCACACGUCCUUCGGCUGGUCAAUGGGCUUGGCCUGGCUCUCCUUCAUCCUGGAAGUGAUAACCGGUCUUCUCCUGCUGCUUGCUGCCUGGAUGGUCCAAUUAGCCCAGUACCAGGAGACUGUGGCCCCUAUAUAAAAUUUCAUAUCUCCAGUGCAAACCAUAGGCAUUUUAAGGUAAUUACUGAAUGCAGGGGUUUGCCAAGUUGAAAAGCAAUAGUGCUGUCAUUCCUAUAGUGUUAACAUCCCAUUAUUUAUUUUACUUGUGUUCAUUUUAAAGUAUUUUUGUGUCCAUAGGACAGAUCCAUAAUGUCUUUUUUCAAUUAUACAUACUUUAUUUGAAUUAUAUAACUUGAAAAAUUAAAAUAUAUUUACGUGAAUAGUAGUUGUGGAAGAUGUAUUUUUAAAUAAUUUAUAAUUGAAGUGUUGACCAAGAGCAUGUACAUAUACUACACAAAAACAAGAUUAUUAAGAUCUCUUUUAACACCACUUUUUUUUUUUAAAUGAACUACUUCCUAUGUUUUUCUCCACUUUAAUUUACCAUAAUCCUAAUUCAAAGACUUUAAUAUUAAACCAUGAUCUUGUCAACAGUGGUUCAUUUUAUGCUGGGCCUGUUGUGUUCCAAGUAGAACCCUUUUAACUAUCAAAAGAACCCUUGAAGUACGAGUCCACAGUGGGUUAUAAUUUUGAGAGACGUGCUUUACCUAAUGUGCUUUACAUUAUUGUCUUGAGAUCAUCUUUAUUUAACCGUCCUUUAAUAUACUUAUUGUUAUACAUGCAGUGGUUGAGACAUUUUACAAUGACUUACCCUUUCUUUUAGGUCUAUUUGCAGUAAGACCC